AUGGAGAAAACUCCUGAUGAGAUUUACAAUCUUUAUGAGAAUUUAAGUGAAAAUUCUAGAGAUCAAGCCUCUUUUGAAUUAUAUGACAGGGAUAAGAAGAGAGGAAUUUAUGAAUUGCAUCAUGAUGAUGAUUCUAAACUUAGAAAUGAGGUUAAUCAGAUUAAUCAAAGAUUAGAAAAAAUUGAUUUACUUAUUGAUAAUAUUAGAAAGCCUUUUAACCCUCAACUUAAUUCGAAUAGUACAUGUCCUAUGUAUGGUGAAAAUGAUUAUUCUGAACUUCAAUGUUAUAAUUUAGAUCAAUCAUUUCACCCUAUGCAAGAACAAGUGCAAGUAGCUCACGGUUUUAAUAGAAAUAGGGAAAAUUUUUCAAAUUCUUAUAAUCCUAAUUGGAGGAAUAAUUUUUCAUGGAGAGACCCAAAUAAUAUUCAAAAUCCAGAAGCACUUAGACCCAAUUCAAACUCUGAAUUUCGUCCAAAACAAGAAAAUAGAUUUCAGAAAAAUCAGCCCUCUCAAACCCAACCUGAUGCUAUGGAAAUGAUGCAGCAAAUGAGCCAAAUGAUGCAACAAACUAUGAGCCAAAUGAUGCAACAAACUAUGAAUCAAAUGAUGCUUCAUCAGAAACAAAUUAUAGAGGCUCUUGAGAAUAAGAGAGAAGAGGGACAACUACCUCGUCAGCCCAUAGAAAAUUUAGAAAACUGUCUAACAGUAAGAUUUCAGCAAGAAGAGUCUAGCUGGAUAAAUUUAGAAAAAAACCCACGAAAUGAAAAUGUUAGAACAGUGAAUAUAUUGAGUGAGAAUAUUUUACCUGAACCUUAUUUUCAAUUAUUAGAAGAAAUUGAUGAUCCAUUAGAAGUAAAUGAGAAUAUUAAGGCCAAAAAUGUAGUAGCAGAAAAUUUGAAUAAAAUCAUUUAUUGCUCACAAUUGAUGAAUGAAUAUAGCGAGGAUGAUGAGGAGAAAGAACCCUUAGAUGAAGAAACAGCAACUGAUCAUAGAAAAAUCAUCCAAAUUUUAGUAGAAGGGAGUAAGGACAGAAAUGAAGAAAAAUAUAUUUCAAGUGAGGAAAAAUCAACUGAUUUGGGAGAUGUAGGAGACGAAAUUAAUGAAUCUAAUCAUAAUUUUGCAGCCAUGGAUGUUGAUUGUGAGGAUGAUGAUGUAUAUCAUAUACCAAAAUUUAAAGAUAGCUCUUGGGAAGAUGAAGAAUUUGAUGAGUUGAGAAACGAAAAGCUAGAAAAAGAAUUGAUUCAACUAAUGGGAACAAGCGAAAAUAAUAGAUAUGAAUAUAGAGAUAAUUUUGGAGGAGAAAAUUUGAAUUUUACUGAAUUCAUUAGAUCUGAGAUUAAAGAAGACAAUCCUUCCAUCCUUCAAAACCCACAGCCCAUUAGAAUUAUUUCUAAGCUUGAAAUAUUUCACUCCUCACAAAUUGAACAAAUAUGUAUGGAAGAUAAAAUGGAGCAGGGGAAGAUUAUGCAGAUAAAAGAAGACAUUAAGAAAUGGGUGAGUGGAAGAAUUAGAGAUACCAAUUUAGAUGAAAAAAUUCUAGAUUGGGCAAGAGCUAAUCUGAAAAUUAUAUGGCCUGAUCACAUUUUAUGGUUUAUUAAUAGAAAGUAUUUAUUAAUGAAUGAGAGCCUAACAAAACAAGAUAGAAAUAAGGAAAGAUUCUUUUCAAAAUGGAAAUAUUAUUUUUGGGAAAAUUUUGUUAAUUUCCAUUUUUUUUUGGCUGAAAGUAUGUCAAGGUAUAUAUAUGAAGUAUAUGAAUUUAUGCUAAAUCUGAAAAAGAAUAUCAUAAAACUUACCUUGGGAUACAAAUAUAUUUUGAUGGCCAUAGAUCAGCUUAUAUGAUAUAAGAGCUGUCCAGCUGGAGACAUUAAAUUCAGCGCUGCAUGGGAGGCAACCCAUGGUUUUUAUUUCAUUCUGUUUGAUUUUUUUUUAAGCUCUGUUUUUCUUAGAAUUUCGCAGUACUUGUUUCUGUAUUUGUUUUUCUUUCGAAAAAGUGCAGGAGGAGUGUAAGAUGAAGUGGAAAAUUAAAAACGAGGUUGAGGUGAUGUCUUUCUGAGCUUCAUCAUUUAUGAAAAUAUUUUUAAUGCUUAACUUUGCAGAUAUGCAUGCUUCACUUGAAAAUUAUAUUUUCUGCAUAUUCUGUUUCGAGUUUUCUGUGUCAUUGAGGACAAUGUCAUUUUUAAGUUGGGGGGUGAAGUAUUCAUUAUUAAUUUAUGCUGUAGGACGAUUAAGAACAUGUGUUUGCAUUUUAUUCAACUUAGAACAGCAACUAAAAAAAUAAAAAAAAUCGCCGAAUUCGGAAAAACUGCAACAUCUAUUUUCUGGUUUUCUGUCAGGAACAACAGACUGUCAAAAACAGCAGAUGAAAAAAAAAAAAACCCGAAAUUUGAAAUUAUAGAGACCCUUUUCUCACAUUUCAAUCCCCUAGAUAUAUAUUACUGAAAUUCGAAAUUACAGCUAUAAAGAAGAUAGUUUUGAUUUAUUUUUGACAAAUUUAUUGCUGCUAAAAUAGAACUGAAAACAGAAAACAGAACUGUCAGAACUAUCUAAUUUACAAAUUCCUUACAUCAUAUUGCAUGCAUGAAAAAUUAAAUCAAUUAGAUUGAUUGAUACCAAAAGAUACUAGGAAGAUUAUUAUUGAGUCAAAAGAAUGAUCUAGUAGCAUGAAAUGUUGGAAUACUCCUUGGAUACAUGAUAGAUAACAUGGAUUUGAUUUUACAAAUUUUCACUUCAUGAUCUUGAUGGAUAAUAUUUACUUGAUGUGAAAAUUUGAUUGAUCAUUUGAGUUUAAUGGAGAUUUUUGCACCCUGAUCUAUAGGACUUGUGAGGAGAAAUCACUUAUUUCAAAAAAAAAAAAAAAAAAAGAGAGAGCAAUGUGAAAAAUCUAGAAACGAAGAGUACACAUGGAGGGUGUGAGACAUCAUUCUCAUUGUCGAAAAUCGUGCAUAGAAAAACACUUGCUGAAAAAUAAGUGGAUAAAGUGAAAGCCCUGAAAAUGAAGAGUACACAUGGAGGGUGUGAGACAUCAUUCUUAUUGUCGAAAUUUGUCUACAUGAAAAGCUACUUAUCCACUAUAUAUAUAAAAAAAAAAAAAGAAGGAAGAAAUAUAGUGCAAACUUCAAAAAUCAAGUCAUAGAAAAAGGGAAAUGUAAGAUCAAUAUUAUUCUUGAAUGAGUAUUGAUAAUUGGAACAUCUUGUAAAUACAUUUAUGAGUGAAGAAGUGAUAAAGAUGUGAAUAGAAGAUGUGAAGUCUAGAUUGUUAUUCCAAGGAGUGUUUAAACAUUUAAGUGCUUGACAUCAUUCUUAAAUACUUGAUAUAAGAAUCCAAAGUGUUUAAAGGUGCAUCAUUUCUAAUUGUAUUUCUUUUCUGUAUUGAAAUAUGAUGUUUGAGAUUUGUAAAUUUUUAUUUUCGUAAUUCCAUUGCUAAGGGACUAGCAAUGAUUUAAGUUGGGGGGUGUGAUAAGUCUUCAUUAUCAUGAGUUAAUAAUUAGUAAAUAAUAUAGUUUUAGCCUUAACUCAUGAUAAAUAGACUUAUAUUUGUGUUAAAGCAUGAAAAGUGGUUUUCAGUUGAUUAACGUGAAUUUUUGGGUAAUUAUGUGAUUUUAUACGAUUUUUACAGUCUUAGUUUUGAGAUAAAUGAAGAACAAGAAAUAAAAAUAAAAAUAUUGCAAAAUGGGGGGAUCCGCCGGCCAGCCGGGCCCGCAAGCGGGUCGGAAGCGCAGUCGGGGGGAGUAGCCGCGAGCAGGGGCUCGAGCGGCUUGCUUGGAUCGAUAGGGGCACGUGUGCGCCACUCCCCUUCCACGUCACCGGUGGUCAGCCGGCUGUGGGGCAAGGAGUGGUCGUACACGCGAGAGGACUUUGCCUAGAAAGCUAACUUUACUAUAUAUUCGCCCGAAUAAUCCGCGCACAACCGAUGUGGGACUAAAUCCACCUUGUUCAGCGGCGGGCGACCGCCGCGGGUUCGAAUCCUCCCAGAGUCAAAAUUCAUAUAUUUUUAACUGAUUAUCGCGACUUUCCUGCAGAUCGCCGGUGAAGGAUUAAGCAACCGGAAUCGCUGGAUCAUCGGCGAAAAUCUCGUCAACGCGAUUCGCGGAGCAUUGCUACUAAAAUUUCUGAACGAUUCGCGAUAAAAGGAUCGCAAUCCAUCGAGUAAAUCAUCUCCGAUUGAUCGACGAACAAGCCGUCGUCGGGAAGAGGACGAUCCGCCGGGAGACCAGUCGCCACCUUCCUGAGAGCGUACCAGAUGCGAUGAAGAGCCUCCUCUUGCUGCGCGGACCUGAGGAUGAAGCUCCCUAACACGCGCCUCACCUCCAUCCAGCCCCUCUCCGUCGGGUGA